UGUGCACAUGUGUUUUGUUUACAUUUGGCACAUCGGAGCAAAAGGGCGGCGUGUGUGCGUACAAACCGGCGCUACAAUAUUUUCACGUUUGUAUCUGUAGCGUUUCUCCCAAGAAAAAUGGCUCUGUGGAAUCAAAGAAACCUGGAUCCGCCGGUAGUUUUGAAUGCCCCGUGUAAAUCGAAAAACAUCAAGAGUCAAAUUUCCGCUCUAACCAAAACGAGUACCAGCAUGCUCAACUACUACUCCACGCUGAACACGUUUGAAAAGGCUGCCGCAUACGAGACGCGCUUCGUCAAUCGCUUCAAGUACCGUUUGCGUAAUAUGCACGGCUUUCAAAUUAUGCGACGUGUGAACCAGACGCUGAUCCGCAUCAAAAACAUGGACCUGGUGCAGGUUAUUAUGGAUUUGCACAGCUUCCUGCCCGAGUCGGAAUACAUCCCGCAGACCGUGAACUUGCCGGUACGAUCCAACCUGGAGUAUCUGCUGGUAAGAAUGCAAGGAUUGUGCAAGCUGCUGAUGCGUGUCGUCUACCUUACAAAGGAAGCCGCACGAUUCCACGUGAAGCAAAUAGUGAACAUGCAUCUGUACCCUACGUACGUGAUGUUUCUCGGGUUGAUGGGCGAGCUGUGGCUGUUCUCCCGCUCGGUAUGCAGAAGGACGGUACAGUUCUACGAGGAGCUGUAUCCGGCCCUGGAGAUUCUUCCCGAUACCAAGAUGAGCUGGUUGCCGGAGCAUUACCAGCUGCCGGUUAGUUUGGCGGCAUGGCUUGGCGAAGAGUAUGAGCGUGACAUUUUGCAAUGCGGCGACGCAAACGGUGCAACAUCUAGCAAUUGGCUGGGAUCGGAAGGGGAUGCAGACCUUUUCACCCUGCUUCAGCACAGCACGACGGAUGGGGAAGAACAGUUGCUAUCGCGGAAACAGGAAACCGAGCAAGCCAACAAGAGUGUGGAGGAAGCGCCAUCGUUCAGUUCCGUACCGAAAGCGUUGCUACUGCAGAGUCUGCGCUCCGAUACCGGUGAGGUGGUGGAGAGGAAGGGACGGAAUGCACUUCCGACGCAAUUCGAUGCCAAACGGCUCGAACACAUACGCUCCAAGUUUCACGUGCAGCAGUUCCUGAAGCAAGAGCGAACCAAUCGCACCGACAGCCCGGCGAAAGCGCUGACAAAAGGGCUUUCGGAGCAGCAGUUUGGUGAUUUCAAUGUACGCUUGAUGAAGGAAUUCAACCGACUUUCAUCUGUGGAGUUUGUAAAGUUCUUCAAGGAACAGUUUCUACAGCUGGUUACAGAGGGCACGUGAGUGAAUCGUGUAUCGCUUUCAAUAAAGCAGAAACUUCCAGCAUCCGUCUGUUGGUCUAAAUUCA